AUGGACAAAACGAUUGAUGCUUGCGAAAAUGGAAAAUUCGCUCUUCUUGAAUCGCCAACAGGUACAGGAAAAACUCUAUCCUUACUCUGUUCUACAUUAGCAUGGAAAGAACAAACACACUAUAGAUGCCAAAUUGUAUAUUCUUCAAGAACUCACUCUCAAUUAUCUAAUGUUAUUGAAGAACUGAAAAAAACACGUUUCAAACCAAGAGUUGCUCAUAUAGCCUCAAGGAAAAUGUUAUGCAUCAAUCAUACUAUUAAUAAAUACGAUAAUUUCUUAAUUACAAGAUUAUGUCAUAAUCUUCGAAGUAAAAAGCAAUGUCCAUAUGGUAUUGAUGAAAAUUUGAUGAGUAACUCUAACGAAGUUCUUACGGCAUGCUCAGAUAUAGAAGAGUACAUUGAAAAUUGCGCGAAUCAUAUGAUUUGUCCAUAUUUCGCAGCACAAAUCAAUUCAGAGCAAGCAGAUUUGAUUCUUACUCCUUACACAUAUAUCGUUGAUCCAAACGUUCGUCAGUUUCUACCAUCAACAACGUUAGUUGGAAACGUAUUAAUAUUUGAUGAAGCGCACAACUUUGCGGAUACAUGUUCUGAAGCUUAUUCUGCAAAGAUCUACUUCAAGAGUUUCAAUGAUGCUGCAUUAACUCUCAUGAAAAUCGAGCCAAACAGAUUUUCAAACGCAACAAGGAAUUCUAAGGCAAAAGUUAACGGAAAUGAUUUACUUUCUACACGAGCAAUACUCAUGAAUAUCUUUCAGAAGUGUGAUACACUCGAAAACACUGAUUAUGAAUAUAAAACUGCUUGUGAAUCUGUUUCAAGUUCUGCAAAAUCGGUUUUAUAUGUUAAGAAAACCGCUGAACAAUUAUAUGCUUUCUUCCGUGAUGCUGGGUUAACCAAAGAGAAUUCAAGACUCGUUUAUUCUGUUUUAGAUUUAGUUGUUCAAAAAGGUGACGAACUUCAAAUCCUUAACAACGAAUUUGGCUCAAUGCAGAGUAUUAUGUCUUUCAUAGAUUUGAUAUUUCCAAACGCUACAGAAGCAGUAGAGAUGUUCGACAGCAAAUUUUCAAUUCUUUUUACAACGAAUAGAACAAUUUCAAUUAUUUGUUUUUCUCCAUCGAUUGCUAUGAAAAAAGUAGCCGAUUUCCUUCCAAAAACGAUGAUCUUGACAUCAGGAACUCUUUCUCCACUUUCUUCUCUUGAAGAUGAACUAGAAUAUAAAUUCCCAAUCAAGUUGGAAUGUAAUCACAUUGUUAGUCCUGAUAAUUUUCUUGUUGCAAUUGCAAAUUCUGGAAUUUCCGGCCAAAGAUUCAACUUCACAUACCAAAAUAGGAGAGGAAACAAUAGACUUGAAUCAGAACUGGUUGAUUCAGUCACUGAUGUCUUCAAAGUUUCUCCUUCAGGAGCUCUUCUCUUUUUCCCGUCGUUUUCUUACAUGGAUGAAGUCAGCAGAAGUAUUUCAUCGAACGCUUCUCGUGUUAAAAGAAUCUACAUCGAAGCGAAAGAUGCUGUUAAACAGGCAACAGUUCUCGAGAAUUACAAGCGCGAUGCAAUGAAAGGAGCAGCACUUCUGGCUGUUUGCAGAGGCCGAUCAAGUGAAGGUUUAGAUUUUGUUGACGAUUUCGCGAGGUUUGUUGGUGUUGUUGGAAUUCCUUAUCCUACUUUCACUGAUUAUACAGUUGAGCUCAAAAGAGAAUGGCUUGAGAACAAGAAGCCUGGAAAAGGCUUGAAAUGGUAUACAGAAUGCGCUGUCAGAGCUGUCAAUCAAUCAAUUGGAAGAGCCAUUAGACAUAUUGAUGAUUAUGCUGCAAUUGUUUUAUUCGAUGAGAGAUUUACAGGUCUUAAAGAUCAAUUAUCAAAGUGGAUGCAACAAUCUAUAUAUGUUUAUGAUGAUUGGAGCACUUUAACAACUGAAAUUGAUCAGUUCUUUAGAGCCAAAAAAGAAGGAUUUCUCAUGAAAAGAAAAGGAAGAUCAGCAACUCAAUCACAAAGAACAGUUACUUUCUCGCAAUCUGCAGAUUCUGAUGAUUUCUCGCAAAGCCAAAUGUCUCAAGCAUCGCAGCAGGAAAGCUUCUUCCAACUCAGCCAGCAAUCAACCAUCAAAAAGAAAGAAGAAUCGAAACCAAAGCCACUGGUUUAUUUGAAACAAAAUAAAAAGGUCGAAAAGUCUCCUUCCAAUAAUUCUCUCACUGAAUUACUCAGCCAAAGGAAAGAUAGCGAAAGGUCUUCAUCAAAUAACUCACUUAGCCAAUUACUCAGCCAAAGGAAAUCUAGUGAUAAACCUGAGAAAGAAAAAAUAUCUCGAUCGAAAUCUGAUGUGGUAACUGAGAAACCUAGUCUUCUCACGGGUUUGUUAACUUCUGGAAAGAAACAUAAAAUAGAAUCCGAACCAAAACCUGUUUCUAUUCUCAAACCAAAGGAAAAGAAAGAACCUUCACCACCUGAAGAAAUCAAGAUUGUUUGCGUAAAUUGCAAAGAAGAUAAAAAGAAAAAUUUAAGCAAAAUGCAUUGUGGACACUAUAUUUGUUCUGAAUGUAAGCAGUUCUUCAAAAUGCUUAACAUGAAAUGCCCAAUUUGCAAAAAAUAG